AUGCAGACAGACGAGGUUGGGAGCCGCGAGAAUGUGAGAUGUCAGCCUGGGAUGCCCACCGAGCGGGUGGCCGACCAGCCCCGGGAACGCUCUUCCGCUGCAGCCACAAGAGCCCUGCGCAUCGAGGGAUCCCCACCGAUCGACCGUGUCUUUGUUCAGAGGGGCCAGACCCUCGGCCUCCGCAAGCCUCUUGCAUCGUCUCGUAUUGGCACCUCGAAAGUGAUCGACUCCGGCUUCUCGACAGCGACCCGAUGCGCGGAGUCUCCACUAUGA